AUGCUAGCCUCUCUGCGACCGCAUUCACCCUCUGGCUUUGACUCCCGUCACCGCUCCGACUUUCCCACCCCCAGCUACCGUGACCACCCCAUGGACGACGCUCACCACUACGCGCCAUCACCGAGGAAGGGGUCCGGUGCUGAGCGCUACAGUCCGCCCCUUGCCCCGCGCGCGGGUCCUCCUCCGCACGUGCUCGAACCAAGCUCAUACGCUUCCGGCGCUGGCGGCCACGACCACGUCGAGCAGAGGCCAAGUCCUCAAACACGUCAACGCUCGUGGCUUCACCAUCCCUAUGUGCAACCCUCGCGUAGCUCCCACGGUCCGAGUCCACCAGUACCACUCGACUCGCUCGCAGGCCCCUCCUCGCGCGCAUACGAACAUGGAACCGGAACCUAUAUCGGACACAUGGCCGAUCCAAAGCACCGAUCGCCGCCCAAUCGCUCCGAGCUGCUGCACGCCGCACACGAAGCAAGGCACCGUGCGGGCUCGCGCGGCGACAUCUACGAUCGUGCGCAGCCUCUCAACAUCUUGCCCAGGCCCGCUCACCCGCAAGACCUCGAACGCGUCGGCGGCAUUGGGCCCAACCGUAAUCGAGGACGCUCGAACACCCUCUCGCUUCCUCAUCCAGAGACCACACGAAGACGCGGCGGCUCGUUCGUCGGCAAUCGUCGCCACAGCCCUUCGGUUGGUGCUCAUGGCGGCUUUGAUGAGCCAGUGCCACCACCACCACCCCGAUCUUGGGAGGACCCGCGUGCCCUCGCCUUGCACGGCCCAGCUGCGGCCGAUCCUUUGAGCGCGCGAAGGCAUUCACCCACUUUCCGACCAUCUUCGAGGCAGUCUCCGCUCCUGUUUGCACCUUUGAGUCCAAGACAGGAUCCCCUGCCGCCGGCGCACAUGUCGAGAGGUGCGGGUCCGAUGCCGUCCAAGCUCACCAAUCCGGGCAUCAUGGCUCGAGGCCCUCACUACCGCUCCAGGCCCGGCACGCCCGUCUCACCGCUCAACAUGGACAGUCUUUCGAUGGAGGAUCCCGCUUACCCGUCCGCCUCGGGCAUGCCAGCGCCCCUGCCUGCGAGUCUUCAGCGCUCCCCCAUGGAGCGCCGUGGUCGCAACGAGUACUUUGAAACCUCGCCGCAGUGGGGGCGGCCUUUGGAUCUGGCCGCCAGCCCUCAAUUUGCCUACCACCCGCCUGGUCUCCGUCGACCCUCGCGAGAUCACCCGUACCGUGCUGGGAGCAUGUUGCAUCCUGACGACGUCUCAUCGGACGCCGAGAUGCAGCGAUACCACACGUCUGCUCCCGGUGUUCACCCGGCCCCUCGCUCAGCACGGGGCUCGGUUGGCUCACUCGCUGUCCACCCACCUCGCUCGGCCGAUCCGAUGGAGCGCGAACGCUUCGCCAUGGCGCAGCACCAUGCUCACGCUCAAGCCGCAGGCUUCCCUGCUGGACCCGGCGGUCCGCAAGACUACGGCUACCAGAGCGAGUUUGCGCCUCAGCAAGGCCGAAUGGGUCCCGGCGGUGGCUACUCGGGCUACCCGCCUCAGCACGCUGUGCCCGUGGACCGCAUCGCGCACAGCCGACGCCGAAGACGCCCGCCUUACUCCUACUCGUCUAUGAUCACGCAGGCCAUCGCGUCCUCUUCCGAAGGUCGCAUGACGCUGCGUGAGAUCUAUACAUGGAUUAGCAGCAACUUUUCGGGCUAUCCGAUGUCGGGUCCUGACUCACAGGGCUGGCAGAACACGGUGCGUCACAACCUCUCGCUCGGCAAGAUCUUUAUAAAGAAGGCGAGGACGGCACAGGACAUCUACGACAGCUGCUCGUCGGGCAACCCGUCGCAAAGCCAGGCGGCUAGGGGCAAGGGCGGAUGGUGGACGCUGCACCCCGUGGUGCUUUCGCAGAUUCGCUCGGGCCAGCGUACCCACAAUGACGAGUUUGACGAUAUCGAGCGUCUGGUCGAGCUCGAGAACGCCGCCGCUUCCAGUGCCGAUGCCAAGCCUACCUCGACGGCAAUGGCAGCAACGUCAUCGGCUGCUUCCGUCGACGAAAGCGGCGAGCCGCGACGCUCCUCAGCCGAGGUGAUUCGACAGAAGACGCUGACUCGACAGAGGAGCUACUCGGACUCGAUGGAUGCCGCCACUGCCGAGCAGCGUCGUCCCGGCUCUAGCCACCAGGCUGUGUCCACCGCGCCCGUCAGCCGCAAGGUCUCGAUCGACGUCGGACUGGCUGACCGUGCUCCCCGCGCCACGCAGGCUCCGCAGAGCACCGAGUCCUCGCCUCAAGAUAUGCCGUCCGUGUUGCAGCGCACCACCGACCCUGAAGCCGAAGACAAGGUGUCGACGUACAACCGAAUGCGUGGCCACACGAUCGGCGUGCACGAUGAGCGCGCGAGGCACGAGGGCGAACACUACACGCGACCCUCAUCGAGCUCGGUCUCGGUCCACCGGCCCAUGUACCAGGCCCGACCGCAGACGGCGAGCGGGGACGUCGAGAUGCAGCCGUCGCCGCGAGACUCGAGCUUGGUGUUGCAGGAGGCACGAGAGACGCUCGUCUCUGCCCAGCAGCAGAGGGCAGCCGCUCCCGCCCCCGCCGAUAUGGACGACGGCCCUGGCAGGAUGGCCAUCCGCGGUCUGCUCAACAGCUGA